AUGUGCACUGGUUCUGAAUCUCGAGAAAUCAGAACUGGUGAGUCUGUGAUUUCGAAGGUGGACGCAGACAUUGUAGCUUUAGAUUAUGAUGAUAAUCAAGAAUGUGAUUUUGAAGCCGUUAGAAGCAGUUCUGCUUUCAUUCUACUUCAAUGCCUCUCUCUCUCUCAGGUGAAAGAAGAGUUAGGAUGGUUGGCAAAGACAGUGAGCCCCAUACUAAUGACGACCCUUCUUUUGUACUCUCGCUCCAUCGUCUCCGUCAUCUUCUUGGGCCGCCAGGGCAAGGUUGAACUUGCUGGUGGCUCUCUCGGACUCGGCUUCGCCAACAUCACUGCCCACUCUCUCCUUAAGGGUCUCACCAUGGGUAUGGAUCCUAUCUGUUCUCAAGCUUUUGGUGCCAAACAAUGGUCCCUUCUCUCCCAAACCUUUCACAGAACUCUCUUCCUCCUCCUCCUCGUUUCCGUCCCCAUUUCACUUCUAUGGCUUAACAUGUCACCCAUCUUUCUCUUGCUCGGUCAGGAUCCGCAGGUCACCAAGACCGCCCAACUCUACCUCCUCUUCUCCAUCCCCGAAAUGAUUGCUCAGGCUUUCCUAAACCCUUUAAGGGCUUUCCUCAGAACCCAGAACUUGAACUUCCCUAUUACUCUAGCUGCUUCUGUUGCAGCCGUUUUGCACCUUCCCCUUAAUUACUUCCUGGCCGUGUACUUCAAGUUAGGGGUCAAAGGGGUUGCUUUAGCCACCGGUUUGAAUUCUCUGAACAUCGCCCUGGGGCUGGUGAUUUAUCUUGUUAUUUCAGAUAAACCAAUAAAGCCGUGGAAAGGAGGCUCGGUUUUCACAGGUUUUGAGGGUUGGAGGCCACUGUUGAGGAUGGCAUUGCACAGUUGUGCUUCCGUGUGCUUGGAGUGGUGGUAUUACGAGAUAAUGAUUUUUCUUUGCGGGUUAUUCAGUAACCCAGAAACCACCGUAGCAACCAUGGGAAUCCUGAUUCAGACCACCGGGUUUUUGUAUGUGUUUCCAUUUUCUCUGAGCUCAGUAUUAGCCACAAGAAUAGGGCAUUCAAUAGGUGCGGGGGAAGCGUCUCGUGCCCAGUGUACUGCCAUUGUUGGGAUUUUCACAGCUUUCACGUUUGGGGUGUCAGCGUUUGUGUUCUUGGUAUGCGUGAGGGAAUUUUGGGGAAGAAUUUUCACAAACGAGACGCAGAUUGUUGAGCUGGUGAAAACUACACUCCCACUUCUGGGGCUGGGGGAGAUAGGGAAUUGGCCUCAAACAGCAUCGUGUGGGGUGUUAUCAGGGACAUCACGUCCUCACGUGGGAGCCAGGAUCAAUUUGUGUGCGUUUUACUUGAUAGGACUUCCAGUGGCCAUUGUUGCUAGUUUUGGAUACGAGUUUGGAUUUGUGGGGUUGUGGUAUGGCAUGGUGGCGGCACAGAUAUCUUGCUUCAGUAUGAUGCUUUAUGAAUUUCUUCGAACAGAUUGGAGGCAUCCGUCUCUGAAGGCUGACAUCGAGCUUGCUCAUCAGGUGGUAGCCGCAGCACCAACGCAGGAGGAUGAAAAUGAUGACGAUACUCGUCAGGAGACUCGCCUGCUUGUUUCUCAUCCUUCAUAA